AUGAGUGAAAUUUUUACACUUCAAUAACUGGCUUAGAUGCAAAGAAAUUUUGUUAGAAGGAAAAUCUAAAUCAAUUUAGAAUGUAAAAAUUAAUUAAAGCAAUUAAGAGACUAAGUAUAAAGUGAUAGAUGAGGUAGUGUAAAUACUGGAUUGGAAGGCAACUCCAUCAGAAUUUGAAUGUCAUAUCUUCUGGAAGGAUACUUAUGUAACAGAUGAAGAAUACCGUCGUUUGUUGCCUUAUCAAAGAAUCAACCAUUUUCCAGGAUCAUAUAUGCUUGGAAAAAAAAAUGAAUUGUGCAGAAAUUUGAAUAAGAUGCGUAAACAAUACCCUUAAGAUUAUGACUUUUAUCCAAAAACAUGGCAUUUGCCUUAUUAAAGCGAAGAGUUGAGAAAUAAACAAGGAGCAGGAAUUUUUAUAAUAAAACCAGAAGCUAAUUGUUAAGGGAGAGGAAUAUUUUUAACAAAAAAGCUUGAUUCAUUUUUAGAUAAGCAUUAUGUCGUAUAGGAAUAUAUCAGUAACCCUUAUUUGAUUGAUGGACUUAAAUUCGAUUUAAGGUAAAUUUGUUAAAUGAAUUCUAGAAUUUAUGUUAUGCUUAAAUCAAUAGCUCCUCUCAAAAUCUUCAUGUACUAAGAAGGAUUAGCAAGAUUCUCGACUAAAAAGUAUGUAAAACCUUAAAAGAAGAAUUUAAGCAGUGUUACUAUGCAUUUAACAAAUUACGCUAUUAACAAAAGAAGUAAAGACUUUGUAUUUAAUAAUGACACAAACAAGGAUGACGUAGGUCAUAAAAGAUCUUUGUCUUCAGUGUUCAAAGUAAUUAAUUUCUGCUAUCUCAUUAGUAUUUGAAAGAUUAGGGUCAUGAUGUGGAUUAGUUGAUGUCGUAAAUUAAAUCAGUGAUUGUAAAGACAAUUCAAAGUGUAUAAGCAGAUUUAGCACAUUUGUAUAGAUCACAAUAGCAUAAUGUAGAUGGAAUAGAAUAAUGCUUUGAAUUGUUUGGCUUUGAUAUUCUCCUGGAUUCUAAUCUCAAACCAUGGUUGCUUGAAGUUAAUCAUACUCCUUCUUUUUCGACUGAUACCCCCUUAGAUAAAAUCAUUAAAAAGAACUUAAUCUUAGAUACAUUAAUAUUAUUGGAUAUUAGAAACAAACCUAAGAAAAACUAUUUAGAUUAAAAAAGGGCUCCUACCUUUUAGAGACCUCCAAAAAUGAACUAAGAAGAAAAGGAAAAACAAAUAAACUAAAUUGCCAUUUAUGAAAAUAAACAUCUAAAUGGCUAUAUUAGAGUUUACCCUGAUGAAGUAUAUGUGUAACUAUAUCAGAUAGAAUUUAUAAUACUACGAAUAGUUUAUGCCACCAAAACAAAAAGAGAAAGAAACAUUAAUUAUUCAAUAAUAAUUAGAAAUUACUAAACAACCUGAUAAAAUACAAAAACUCUAAACUGAGUCUAGACCUCCUUUGGCUAAACCUCCUCCAAAACUCUCCAAAAACAAAUCUUUUAGUGAACUAGAUGACUAACCAAAUCAACCUUUAACUCUUAGAACUGUUGCUCCUUAAACUAGAACUCCAUCUUAAUAAAGACCUUUCAGUAGCAUAGCCAUUAUCAAUAGACCUAUGAGUGCUCUCAGAAAACCUCUAUAUGGAAAUUAACAAUAAAAUCUUAAUUAGUCAUCAAAUUAAUAGAAAUUAGUUUACCCUCCUCCAAUUGAAUAAGCCCCUAAACCAGUAUUCAAAAUGUUACAAAUAAAGACAUUUAGCUUUUAAAAAAUUGAAAAUACCUAAAAAAAUGAAUGA